GGGAGGAGGGAGGAGGGAGGAGGGAGAGAGAGAAAGAGAGAGAGAUACUGAGGGAGAGAUUUUGGGAGUUAAAAGGGGGGCGAAGAAGCUUCCUAUUGUUUUGGAGAUACAGAGCCACGGCCAUGGCAGACUCCAACGACACCGUUUCUCUCGACAUGGAGAAGAUCUAUCUCGGUGGAAAGGAACAUCAUGUACAAACAGGCCGUGGUUCUAUCUCUGUUAUCGUCUAUGGAGACCAAGAGAAGCCAGCACUGGUUACUUAUCCUGAUCUUGCCCUAAAUCAUGUGUCUUGUUUCCAAGGAUUAUUCUUCUGUCCGGAAGCAGCAUCAUUGUUGCUCCAUAACUUCUGCAUUUACCAUAUUAGCCCGCCUGGGCAUGAGUUGGGAGCCGGUCAGGUUUGUCCCGAUGAUCCUGUACCUUCUGUUGAUGACUUAGCAGAUCAGAUCCUUGAGGUUCUCAAUUUCUUUGGGCUUGGUGCAGUUAUGUGCAUGGGAGUGACAGCGGGUGCUUACAUCCUUACCUUAUUUGCUAUGAAGUAUAGAGAACGGGUUCUUGGUCUAAUACUUGUAUCCCCUCUAUGCAAAGCACCCUCUUGGACUGAAUGGGUUUAUAACAAGGUGAUGUCAAAUUUAUUAUAUUUCUAUGGUAUGUGCGGAUUGCUUAAAGAAUUUUUGCUUCAGCGGUACUUCAGCAAGGAAGUUCGAGGUAAUUCUGAAGUUCCAGAGUCAGAUAUUGUGCAAGCAUGCAGAAAAUUGCUGGAAGAGAGGCAGAGCGUAAACGUUAUGCGGUUUCUGCAGGCAAUCAAUAGGAGACCUGACAUUUCCAGCGGGUUGAAGAGCUUAAGAUGUCGCACGCUAAUAUUUGUGGGGGAUCACUCUCCUUUUCAUUCUGAGGCUAUUUAUAUGACCUCAAAGUUGGACAGAAGAUAUAGUGCCCUAGUUGAGGUCCAGGCUUGUGGAUCAAUGGUGACAGAGGAGCAGCCACAUGCAAUGUUGAUACCAAUGGAGUACUUCUUCAUGGGUUAUGGGUUAUACAGACCAUGCCAGUUCAGUGAUAGCCCAAGGAGCCCACUCAGCCCCUCUUGCAUCUCCCCGGAGCUUCUCUCGCCGGAAAGCAUGGGAUUGAAGCUAAAACCAAUAAAGACUCGAAUCUCGCUAGAAGUUUGAAUUUGUCUUUUGUGAAAUUUUGUUCAUCUUCUUGUUUUUUUGUUCCUUGAAUUGGUUAAAAUGUAGAAGGAAGAUGGGGAGGGGUUUGUAGAUAUAUAUAAUAGGGAGAUGACUUGCAUUCAUUCUUUUGUAGACAGUCAUAAAAGAGAGUCAUCUGAGCUCCUUGUGUAAAUUCUAAAGAGGACUGAGAUUUAUUUGUGGUUAUCAACAACAAAUAACAGAUUUGAACUCUCCAUUUAUUCAAAAUU